GUGGACAGAUUUUGGGCGGAGUAAACCAUCUUGCUUCGCCUCUUACUCUCUGGUUGAGUUUAUGUUUGGUUUACCUUGUCUCGCAGGUAAAAAAAUAAAUAAAUGCUGUAGCAGGAAUUUGGGAAACGAAACUAUACCGCGUGUGUUUUGUGGGCAAUUUAAUUUAAGAAGAAAAGUAUAAUACGAAUGCUCUUGCUCUUUGAGGAAUAUAACUUUACGGAAGAAAACUCGGUGGAAAGACCCGCGAUCACUCUUCCCAUGCCGCCCUGGCUGUAGUUAACUACCAUGCCCAGCAGCAGCACAGGGAGCCCCAAACCCUGGUCCGAGCCAGGGGGCCAAAAAGGCCUCGUCCCUCUGCGACCCAAACAUCACCUCUCCUGGGGCAACAGCACCAGCCUGGAGUCCUGCUAUGAGGAGCGAUGUGUGGACCCGGUGGAGGACAGGCACCAGGGGCCAAAGGUGACAUACCACAAGGCCAACCGCAGGGACGCGCAGAGCAGGGAGGCAGAGGAGACCAUUGGCUUCAUCCCCGGAUCUGGAGACUCUCCGUCAGGGGGUCAGGGGUGUGGUCCCUGUGCCCACUCCUCCCCAGGAAGCUGUAAGAGCUGGGUGUGCAGUGUGCUGACCUGUGGACUCUACAGGGUGUGUCGGAGCACCAUCCUGGCCCCUAGUCCCAGAGAGAGCUCCCCAGAUGACGAUCAGGAGAAGGUCAGCCUCCGUGGUCUCCAGGGCCACCUUGGGACCAACGACCCCCAAACCAGUAAGGAGAGUGGUGGUGGUGACUCUGAUUGGUCGGAGGACGUCUACAUCAGAGGGGUCAAAGUGCACAUUUCCACAAUGGAGAAGGAGCUGGUGGUCGUUUCCAGGCCUCCGUUACACAAUGGAAGAGGUGGAGGAGGAGGGAGACGGUACAGCCCUCCCUCCUACUCCUGGAACGAGGGGGAUAUGGGUGAUCUGAGUGUGGGUGAUGUGGACUCUCUGAUCACCCAAAAGCUUCUGGAGCUGUACUCUGAGUACCAGAUCGAGGAGCUGGCCCACUGCACAUCAGACUCAGUGUUCCUGAAGAAGACCAGUGAAAUCAGCCAGCUUAUCAGUGACCUGGCCGAAGAGCAUCAGCUUGAUGAGCAGGAUGCAGAGUGUCGACUGGUCAAGGGCAUCAUCAGAAUCAGCACCAGGAAGAGCAAGAAGAGACCUCAGUGCAAAAAGUCACAGAGGAGAACAUCCGACAGUGGUAACGAAACCAUGAGCAACUAUCAAGCAUCAACCAUCAGCAAUAACAAUGAUUAUUGUAUCCAGAUAUCCAAGGAGACAGAUUCUGAUAUGAAUGCUAGGAACAUGAGGAUCAACAGUAGAGCAGCUGAAAUUUCUGAGCAUCAGAUCUCUGUGUUUGGCAUGCCCCUGCCCUGGACCACGGUCAGAACAUGAUGACCCAUCCUCAACACUCCUGAUGCCAUGGAGCAUCUCACCAAUCCCCAGCUGGAGAGGUUGGGACCCAUAGUUACACAUGUAUUGUAUGUUCUAUUGAAUUCUGUGUUGGGACCUUGAAGGAGCCAGAGAAUUGCACUUGGUAAAUUAGGUGGGAGGAGUAUUACGCAUAUGCAAACUACUCCAAAGACCAUGACUUUGAAGACUAUACUAUGAAUCGUGUCAUCUGUAUUUUGAAGGAUUAUAAUGCACUCAGGGUAGUGAAUGUAUUUUUGAUUCUGACAUAUUGCGUCCGUGUUUGGGGGUUGGUCUGUCUCAGAGAGAAGUUACUGUAGACUUAUCAGACCCUUCCAGAAGCUCCUCCUGUUUUGAUGUCCGUUCUUCUUAUCGCCCUCAUAUUACUUUAGUGCUGUAUGUCCCUUUAUCCUUGAAUAACAACUAUCUGUGUUAAUAUGAAACCCCACUCUCCACUGCUGUUUGAUCUCUUUCUGCUUUAUCAGGUCAACUCCCAACACUGACACAAGAACCAGUUUCAAGGUAGUGUACUUGCAUCCAGGGACUUGCAGGGUAAAGUAAACUGACCCAAGAAAUAUAGAUAACCGCACACUUGAUUGCGCCACGGUUUUAUUGUGCUGUGUUUGGACCUGACGGUCUUAGUCUUCGUAAGGUUUAACCCAUGUGAAUAAUGCAGUGGUUUGGACACCAAGAACCAACCUGGAAUGUACUGGAGGCCAAAAACCACUCGGAACUUAUGAAGAAAGAACACCUCAAAGACAAUGGAUGUUGUUAUUGGCUUAUUGGUGACUGUGAAAUACAAUUGUAGAUGUAUAUUUUGAUGCCAUGGGAAAAUCAUACUACUAUACAUAACUUUAAUCCUAAUAUGUUGAGAUUGCUUUAAAAUUGGUUUUGCUUCAAAGUCUUUAGCAAGCAUGUGGCCCAGCUAAUGUUGUAACAUUUUAUCAUUGUAGACUUCAAUGAGUACAUAUGUGAAAUUAACUUUUAUAAUGUAUGCAAUUCUGUGAUUUUAUAUAAAACUAUUAAAAAAAAGUGACAUACAAAUGAAGUUGUUGGCGUUAAUGCCAUGCGAUUCUUGCACAUUUUGGCUAAUGUUUUAUUGUGGUUGGUAUAAAGGAUAUGAGUUGUUCUCUAUGGGGAAAAUUCUAACUUCCACUUAAGUCUAAUUUUAGUUCUGCACAAGGGGAGACUAAGUGGGUUUAUGUGGAAUUUAGGAUCUGCCACUCUAAGCGUGUGUAAAUUAAUGACUUACAUUGUAAUUAAAAAAAUAUGUCAAACUGUGA